UUUGUUUAAGGCGUCUAAAAUCGUUCCAAAAAUAUGGUUUCAAAAGACUUGCUCUUCAUUUGAAAUCAUUAUUUCCAUUUCUUUAUUUUGAUAUGGAUUCUUCAUCUUGCCAGUGCUGUACGCAGAACAACGGAUUUGUUUACAUUUAAAACGUAUCCUAGCAACUUGGCACGUCAUGUUUUAAAAUGCCUUAUUAUUGCAAUGCAACUUAAAUAUCUAUUCAGUUGUCUUAUAUAUGUUUCAAAGUGUGGUCUUACCAUUUUUUGUUAAUUUAUUGAUUUUAACCGUUAUUAAUAAAAAACAGCAAAAAAUAUGACUCCCGAGGCGAAUGUAUUCCUCGUUGUUAACCUCGGUUGCGAAAUGUUAUAUGUCAUUGAUCAAAGGCUUAAAGCCCAAAAAAUUUCGCCGGAGAAGUCAGCAGAAGUGAUGCGUGACAUAACAAGUGUGCUUUUAGAUCCUAAACUAGUAGAACGGUUGAUUAUUGGAAGUCAACAACAAAAGAGUUUAAUUACAGCAGAACAUUGCAAAUUCAUGCUGGGAGACAUUGCUUGCUGUUCUUUGAUGCGGCUAGAUGAUGGAAGUAUGGGAAAACUCUGGAAUCUUAUGACAAUGAUUUUUAAAUGGCAAAUGUUUGUCACUAAGCAUCCACAACACUUAUUAGAUGUAACUUUUCGUCAUUUGGAUGGCUUGGGAAAAAUGCAUCCUGAAGUGAAAAAGUCCAUUCUCGUUGAUUACACAAAGAAUACAAUCUUAGAUUUUUGGAACAGUAAUACUGAAACUAUUCAACUUGGAAUUUACAAGACUAUAAAAAGCUGGUUAGAAUGUUUUAAUGUAAAGAUUUCUCUUUUACUAAGACUGGGCUUUCAAGCAAUGGAUUCGAGUUUUUACAAAGACCCAAAAGAAAGUUUUUUUGAAGAGUUUUCUGAUCAAACAGGGGAUAAUAUUUAUAUGAAAAGUAUGGAAAUUGCUGCAGCUCUUAAAGAAGAACAAGGAAAAACCCAAGGAAAUCCCAUAGACAAUCUUCAAACUCAAUUGAAUGUGGUUGGCUCUGAUUCUGAAGGUCCUAAGAAGAAUACAUUUUUUGAUGAUGUGCAAUUAGAAGUGGAGGCCACACCGUCGUCCAAGGACGUUUCUUCAACAUUUGUACAACUAAAACCAAUUCACAAUCCUUUGAAUAGUUCAUGGGAAAAUUUUGUUGCUCACAGAAGUGCUCAACGCGCAGAUGGCGGUGAAAAAAAACUUCGCACAUUAUUGCCAAAGAGUACAUGAAUAUUUAAUUUGAAAGAAAUUAUUGAAAUUUGAAAUUCACCAGAUGUAUGAAAUUCAAAACUUUUGAAUAAGUGGUUUAUUAUUUAAUAAAAAUAAAACAAUUCAUUUAUUCGCUAAACAUCUGUAUUAUAAAUUCUGUCAACAUUCCAUAACCGCAUAAGUCGAUAUUGUGAACGCCAGUUCAAUGAUGUACAGAUAAAUUUUACCACAUCAUAUUUCUGUUUUGCAAUCGGGUUAUAUUAUAGCAAGAU